UUUAAAAUGGUGGAAGAAUUUAAGAGCUCUUUUUACGUGUCCAGCGUUCUUGCAGAGGACACAAGAGGGAAAUCCGUGGCACUAUGUGGCAGUUUCGGUGAAGGAGAUAAGAAAGCAGUCAUUGUGACUGAGAAACAACCUAUCGAUCAAAAGGAACUCACCUCAUUCCUUUCCUCCUCAUCCCAUCCUGAGCUUAAACUUAACUUCAAGAAUGAUAUCUACAGCCAGUACGAGGUCCAAGCUCCGGGUGGUCUUGGGUCCCUCAAAAUGAUGGUUGUGUAUCCUGCAACUGAGAAGCAUGUCAUGAAAUACACUGAUCAGGAGGUUUUUGUUAUAAAAGAAACUCCUGAGGAUUACGCUAGGAAAGUAAAACCUUACAUAGAGUCACAAGCACUGAGUUUGCAGUGGGUGGAUAACAUACUGAAAGGCAUCAGUGAAGCUGAUAGGCUGAUAUACAAUGAUGAGGACCAUGUUAGCGGCUUUGUAAUCCUUCCUGAUUUAAAGUGGAACUCUUCUGACCUUAACUCUCUCUAUCUCAUUGCUAUCGUGAGACAGGCUGGAUUAUAUUCUGUACGAGACUUGAGGAAGGAACACGUACCUUUACUGCGAGACAUACAGCAAAAAGGAAAAGCAGCUGCUGAAGCCCACUAUGGCGUGAGUGGUAACCAAUUGAGGUUCUACAUUCACUAUCAUCCUUCCUAUUAUCAUUUCCAUGUCCACAUUACCCACGUCAAAUAUGAUGCUCCUGGUUGUCAAGUGGGCAGAUCAAUAUUACUUGAUGAUGUCAUAGAGAACUUAGAAAUAUUUGAUGAUGAAUACUAUUGCAGGAAAACGCUGACUCUUACAUUGAGAAAGCAUGAUCCAUUAUUUAAAAUUUUAAGUUCAAAUUGACUAUACCUUUUCAUUUCCUUUUAACGCUUGUUUUACACAACAACAAAGAACAAUGCAA